CGCACCCAACCUCAGCCAGCCCCUCGCCCCGCCGCGACCCCUCCUUUGGUCCCCGGGAGCUCGGAGGAACUCUGGGAAACUUUCCGCUCGCCUCCCCGGCCCCAGCGGAAGCACGGACGGGGCGGAGCCUGCCAGCGGUAGCCGCGCCCCCUGCUGGAGCGCGUUCCGAUUGGUCGCUGGAGCAGUCCGUCAGCGCGCCCCCUCCUCCUGCCGUUCCGAUUGGCCGUGCAGGCCGUCCGUCAGCCCUGGCGACGGGCUCUUCCCGGGGCUGCGGCUAGGGCGGAGCUGGCGGAGGAAGUCGGAGGCCUGCUCGGGCUGGCGCUGCCCUGGGGACGCUGGGACUGGGAGGCCGGGUGGCCCGGGCCCUGCGGCGGCGGCGGCGGCGGCGGCGGCGGUGGCGGCGGUGGCGGCGGGAGCCCGGGUCCGGAGCGCCAUAUGAGACGGUUUAAACGGAAGCAUCUUACAGCCAUCGACUGCCAACAUUUGGCUCGGAGUCACUUGGCUGUGACCCAGCCCUUCGGUCAAAGAUGGACCAACAGAGACCCGAACCACGGUCUCUAUCCUAGACCCAGAACAAAAAGAGGGACUAGGGGUCAAGGAUGUCAAAGGUACGGCACUGAAUUCCUCCUAGCUGGCCAGCAGCGGCGCACCAAUGACAUGGCCAAAAGCAAUUCUGUGGGCCAGGACACCUCUAAGGACUCGGAGGGGGAAAUGAUCUUUGCCGCGGAGAGCAACUGUGCCCUGCCUCGAGAAGGUGAUGGAGAAGCCAGACUGGGCUCGUCAGGGUCCGCGCCGCCUGCAAGGAAGCGGUCCCGGUCCUUUGAGGACGAGAGGAAUCCAGCAACAGGGACCAGUCAGUGGGACGGGGCUUCUAAGAAAACGCCACGGCAUCGUUCGCUCCUGUCAUGCCCAAGACCCCGGGAAGCCAGGCAGGAAGCAGAGGACUUUGUGUCCCGGCCCUCUGCGGAGUCCGGAGAACCCAGCCAGGAAGUGGAAGACGUCGGUCCUGACCCCAUUCCUGACUCUUACUAUGGGCUCCUGGGGACCUUGCCUUGCCAGGAACCCCAGAGCCACAUGGGCAGCCUGCCCAGUGAGGUCCUGAGGCACAUCUUUGCUUUCCUCCCUGUGGAAGAUCUCUACUGGAACGUGAGCUUAGUGUGCCACUUCUGGAGGGAGAUCAUCAGCGAUCCGCUGUUCAUUCCUUGGAAGAAGCUGUAUUACCGAUACCUGAUGAAUGAAGAACAAGCCGUGAGCAAAGUGGAUGGCAUCCUAUUGAACUCCGGUAUAGAGAAGGAGUCGGACUUGUGUGUGCUCAACCUCAUCCGCUAUACAGCCACCACUAAGUGCUCCCCAAGCGUGGAUCCUGGACGGGCGUUGUGGAGUCUGAGGGAUCACCUCCUCCUCCCUGAGGCAGAGGCCUGCGUGCGUCAGCACCUCCCUGAUCUCUACGCGGCUGCUGCGGGUGUCAACGUGUGGGCUCUGGUGACGGCCAUCGUGCUCCUCUCUAGCAGCGUGAAUGACAUCCAGCAGCUGCUCUUCUGCCUCAGGCGGCCCGGCUCCACCGUGACCAUGCCAGACAUCACGGAGACCCUGUACUGUAUCGCCGUGCUUCUCUAUGCCAUGAGGGAGAAGGGGAUCAACAUCAGCAACCGGAUUCACUACAACAUUUUCUAUUGCCUGUAUCUUCAGGAGAAUUCCUGUACUCAGGCCGCAGAAGUUAAAGAGGAACCAUCGGUUUGGCCAGGCAAGAAAACAACCAUCCAGCUCACACAGGAACAACAGCUGAUUCUGAACCACAAGAUGGAACCCCUCCAGGUGGUAAAGAUUAUGGCAUUUGCAGGCACCGGGAAGACCUCUACCCUGGUCAAGUAUGCUGAGAAGUGGUCUGAGAGCAGGUUUCUGUAUGUGACAUUCAACAAGAGCAUCGCAAAGCAGGCCGAGCUAGUCUUCCCCAGCAAUGUCAUCUGCAAAACCUUUCAUUCCAUGGCCUAUGGACACGUCGGGCGGAAGUACCAAUUAAAGAAGAAAUUGAAUCUCUUCAAGUUGACCCCUUUCAUGGUCAAUUCUGUCCUUGCUGAAGGGAAAGGUGGAUUCAUAAGGGCCAAGCUCGUGUGUAAGACUUUAGAAAACUUCUUUGCCUCGGCUGACGAAGAGCUGACGAUUGAUCAUGUGCCUAUCUGGUGUAAGAACAGCCAAGGACAGAGAGUCAUGGUUGAACAGAGUGAAAAGCUGAAUGGUGUUCUUGAAGCAAGCCGACUCUGGGACAACAUGCGGAAGCUGGGGGAAUGCAAAGAAGAGGCGUACCAAAUGACUCACGAUGGCUAUUUGAAACUCUGGCAGCUGAGCAAGCCUCUGCUUGCCUCUUUUGACGCCAUCUUUGUGGAUGAGGCCCAGGACUGUACCCCAGCUAUCAUGAACAUAGUUCUGUCUCAGCCAUGUGGGAAAAUCUUUGUAGGGGACCCACAUCAACAGAUCUAUACCUUCCGCGGUGCGGUCAAUGCUCUGUUUACAGUCCCUCACACGCACGUCUUCUAUCUCACACAGAGUUUUAGAUUUGGUGUAGAAAUAGCUUAUGUGGGAGCUACUAUCUUGGAUGUCUGCAAGCGAGUAAGGAAAAAGACUUUGGUCGGAGGAAACCAUCAGAGUGGCAUUAGAGGUGACACAAAGGGGCAGGUGGCCCUGUUGUCCCGGACCAAUGCCAAUGUGUUUGAUGAGGCCGUGCGGGUGACCGAAGGAGAAGUGCCUGCCAGGAUACAUUUGAUUGGGGGGAUUAAAUCAUUUGGAUUGGACAGAAUCAUUGAUAUUUGGAUCCUUCUUCAGCCGGAGGAAGAACGGAAGAAACAGAACCUCGUUAUUAAAGACAAGUUUAUUAGAAGAUGGGUGCACAAGGAGGGCUUCAGUGGCUUCAAGAGGUAUGUGACCGCGGCUGAGGAUAAGGAGCUGGAGGCCAAGAUUGCAGUCGUUGAGAAGUAUAACAUCAGGAUUCCAGAACUGGUGGAGAGGAUAGAGAAGUGUCACAUAGAAGACCUGGACUUCGCAGAGUACAUUUUGGGCACUGUACACAAAGCCAAAGGCUUGGAGUUUGACACUGUGCACGUUUUGGACGAUUUUGUGAAAGUGCCUUGCGCCAGGCACAACCUCGCACAGCUGCCCCACUUCAGAGUCGAGUCGUUUUCUGAGGAUGAAUGGAAUUUACUGUAUGUCGCAGUAACUCGUGCCAAGAAGCGUCUCAUCAUGACCAAGUCCUUGGAGAACAUCUUGACUUUAGCUGGGGAGUACUUCUUGCAAGCAGAACUGACGAGUAAUGUGUUGAAGACCGGGGUGGUUCGCUGCUGUGUGGGGCAGUGCAACAACGCCAUCCCCGUGGACACUGUGCUCACCAUGAAGAAGCUCCCCAUCACCUACAGCAACAGGAAGGAGAACAAGGGCGGCUACCUCUGCCACUCGUGUGCAGAGCAGCGCAUUGGGCCGCUGGCCUUCUUGACGGCCUCCCCCGAGCAGGUGCACUCCAUGGAACGCACCAUCGAGAACAUAGUGCUGCCCAGACACGAAGCCCUGCUCUUCCUCGUCUUCUGAAAGCCACGGGGAGCUUUCUCCACGCACGUCAGGGAUGCAGAUGGCAGGUAGGGGAGCUGGCGCAGCGUGACCCAGAGAGCUCGCCGCUCCUGGUCUCAGCCCACCAAGCGGCGUCCUGGAGCGGGCCUCGUAGCUUCACUUGUCGCGGCCUCCCCUUAGCCUCUUCCAUCAGCCUGGUGGCGCUUAGAGUGCAGGCCGGUGAGUAGAGCAAGCGUGCUGUCGGAUCGGGCCCGGGGUGCUCUGGAAGGGCGGACACCAAGCUAAUGUUUGCGUACUGAGGGGUGUUCUCAGAACGGGACCUGAACACAGAGCGGGGAGACUUCCGUGGAAGGGGGACGGGGCCGUUUCAUCCCCUCGGCCAGGGUUCCCGGCCUAGCUGUAAUGAAUGCCUCAUGGAUGACUUGGAAUAAAAGAGCCAGUGAAAGGAA